AUGAGCGCGUUAGACGGAUGUGGAACAGGAGGCUGGACACUAGCUUUGAAAACAGACGGGAAUAAGCAAACAUUCACAUACGCUUCGCCUUACUGGACGAACAAGGAAAGCUAUGCAGUUGAAGAUGGAGUUGAAGGACUAACAGAGAAAGAAAGUAAACUGGCCUCUUAUUGGAACACUCCUUUUAAGAAAAUAUGUCUUGGUAUGACCGUUAAUGGCGACAGAAGAUGGAUGAUGUUUGAUUAUGAAGCCAGUUCGCUGUACAGUUUGAUUGCAGACGGGCAGUAUCGAAACACAAGCGCUGGACGGGCCACGUGGAAAUCUCUGAUCGCAGACUCAUCUUUACAACCAUUCUGCAACGAAGAAGGCUUCAGCCAUGCGAGCAAAGAUUUCAAUGUGCGUAUUGGGUAUUACGCAAAUAAUCAAAACAAUUGCGGAACGCCCGACUCAUGUGUUGGAUUUGGUAUUCGUUACAAGGCCUGCAACAUAAGGUCUCAUAUAACAUGCGGUAAUAUCGCGCAAUGUAGUGGAAACGAUAAUGGCAAUAAAUUAACUCCAGCAUUCGGAUAUAUUUUAGUUCAAUAG